GCCGGACUUCUCACUCGCUCAUCGCUAUCUAGGCAGGGAGGAGGACGAGCAGACGCGAUUUGACGUUUUCUUUUAAGUUUGGCGGGAACCGCGCGAAGAGACCAGUGCUCCGUCCGUUCUCCCCGGUUUUCUGGAACAGGCCAUUAUAGCUGAAUGGAGAGGGUGGAAAUUUUGAGGUUGGGGAUAUAAAAGCAUCAUAUACACAAUCUGUUCUAAGGAACAAUAUGGAAUCUCCUUCCGACUCCAAUGAAUGCUGUAGUUCUAGCCCAAAUGGCAGCGGUAAAUGGAGCCGCUCCAUGAAGAGGAAGGCUGAACAGGAUGAGGAACUCGCCGGUCACAGAGUGGAUGCGGUUGAUGAUUCGGACUGCUUUUCAGUUGCUAGGAUUGAAAUUGAGAAUGAGUGCAUGGUUUUGAGAGAGACGGUUAACAGCCAGCAGCAACAAAUUCAGGAGCUUUGCAUGGAGUUGGACGAAGAAAGAAAUGCAUCUUCUACUGCUGCAAAUGAGGCCAUGUCUCUGAUCUUGCGCCUGCAGAAUGAAAAGGCUGAGGUCCAGAUGGAAGCUGUGCAGUUUAAGCGGUUUGCGGAAGAGAAAAUGGCCCAUGAUGAGCAGGAGCUGCUGUGUUUGGAAGAUUUGUUACAUAAGAAAAAUCAGCUCAUAGAGUCGCUAAAUUCUGAGAUACAAGCUUACAGGAACAGAUUGAUGAGCUAUGAUUCGGAUCAGUUCGAUUUCGGGGAUGCUAAGGAAGGUUCUUUCACAAGCGGGCAAAACGGAAAUAGGAGAGAUCGGGAGAAGCAGGAAAACGCAGAUUUUCAUGAACCAGAAGAAUCAAAUAGGUCCGUGUAUUCAGAGGAUACUCCAGUCCGUGGGCUGAAGUUCAACUCCUUUGCAUACCCACCAUUGAAAUGCAGCUUGAGCGGGACUGAAGAUUUUUCAGAUGAUGACGAUCCAUUGGACUUCGUGAACUAUGUUUCGGGCGUACCUCAUCGUGACAGAGGUCAAGUUGAGAAUUUUGCAGACAGUAAAGGAUUAAACACACCAAAAGGUUCGAAACAUUCUAGGCAUUUGUCUGCAGAUAGCACUAGCGCCUGCUCUGUUGUAGUGAAGGAAGGAAACCAAGAAUGUGUUGCAGAAAACACAGAAAACGAAGAAUAUGUUGCAGAAAACAUGUUCACAUCUGGCCCAAGUGAGAACCCAAAAAGGCUGAAAGAGUUUUCUACUCUUGAAGAUUAUUGCUGUUCUACAAAUUGGGGCAAUUCUGCUGACGAUGCUGCUGAUGAUGCUAGUGACGUAAUAGAUGCUGUUGACUCCACACAUGGUGCGGGUGAUUCCAGGAAGAAAUCAGAUGAAAAUGAAGGUUCGGAGGCGGAACAAUCUCCAUACGACAGCAAGGUUGAGAGUCCUACUUAUUAUACAACUGAUGCGAACUUUUUCAAUCUUCGACAGGACGAUGGCCCUUUUGAUUGUAAAGUUCAGCAUGGGAAACCUGAUAAGAAGUCUGGUAUACCAAGAGAUUCGUUAAAACGGACCAACAUGGGAGGCAGAGAUAUUGCUAAGAAGCUAUACUCAAGUCUUCAGUCCCUCGAGGCAGACAUGGAAUCGAUGAGGGAAAUAAUCAUGUCCAUGCAGGCAGACGAUUGCAUCUGAUAGCUAGCCAGAUACUUCUUGUUGCCCAACUUUUUCGAAGACACUCUGUUAGUGGCAUCAAUUCAGACAGGCAUAUAGCUUUAUUUUUGUGACCCUCUCAUUUGCUGGGCCUGUCAUUUUCAUCUUUGACAUGAUAUGCGCUUCUUGUGACAGUAUUAAGAACUCUUGGCCUCAGUCUUCCAACUUGUAGAUAACAGCAGUAUCUAUAUCCGUCUGGUGAAGACAGACAAAUUUGUAGUUUGGCUAUUGAUUUCUGAUUAAGAUGUGCAAAAUAAAUCAAUUCAUACUGAUUCAGUUCAACAAAUAUAAACUAGCUUUUCUUGUAUGAACUGACUCUUUAUAUUCUUCGGAAAAGAAUUGAUCAUCUCUGUUAAGGACAUUGGAAGCAUUGGUAAAUAAUAGAUCGAUUCUCCUGUAUUGAUAGGGACUUCAUUAAAGAGUUGUGAGGAGUUCGAGGAAGAAAGAGAUCACGAUCUACCAAUUUGUUACAGUCAGUAUAUUUUGCCGUAUUUCGUUUCCAUUUAUGUAUUUU